AAAGCAUGUUUUCUAUAUUGAUGCAUAUGUACGUGUGUGCGUGCGUGUGUACCAGUAGAAAUGCCGCCAAUCGUUCUCUAUGUCUUUCUUCUUUCUUAUCUUACCCUUUGAUCAAUCUCUAGUAAUUAUAUUUCAUCUGCUACACUCGCGUCUUACCUAUCCAAUUCCAUAUUCCUCUUCUUCCUCCUUCUUUUUUGCUUUCUAAGAAAAAGAACUAUUUUAAUACUAAUUCUAACUACGUACCGCUACACACUACCAUACCUGUACUGAUCUGCUACAUAUAUCGCAGUUUUCGUAUUCCGCUGCUUGCAACAACUUAAAAAUCGAUUUUUCGGUUCUACGUCUUCUUUCUUACUAUUAAAAAAAACCUACCACUUCGUCAUGGCUGCAGCAGUUGGAGAAAAACGGCCUGCUGAAGAACAGAAUCUGCCAUUUGAGGCAGACCAGUCUAUGGAGACGAUCCUGACAGAAUCAGCAAAACGGACUCGACUUUUAUUUGCAAAUACUUAUGGCCAACCUGCCUUGGAUGAGAUGAGCAGCCAACGUAUUAAACUAACGAGUAAAAUACACGACGAAUACGGCGAUGUACGUACCUUACCCGAAGCACUCGUUAAACAGCAAAAAGAAGCACAGAAAGCCAAAAAUGCCAAAAAGACGACCGUAGAAGAUGCACCUGACGAUAGUGCCGUUCAACAGCUCAUUGAAACGAUUCCCAAAAAAGAAGUCGAAGUCGACGAAAAAGCAAAACAAGGUAUCGUCGCGUUACGAUCCAAAGAUCGGGUGUCCGAAAUCUUUGGUGACAUGCCUGGUGGUGGCGGUUCGCUUGUACGUCGUGCACGCGCCAAAACGAUUAAACCUGUAUGGCACGCUCCCUGGAAACUUAUGCGUGUUAUUAGCGGUCACUUGGGCUGGGUCCGAGCUGUCACUGUAGAACCAGGAAACAAAUGGUUUGCUACAGGUGCUGGUGACCGUACCAUCAAAAUUUGGGAUUUGGCAUCCGGUACACUGAAACUGUCGUUAACGGGUCAUAUCAGCACAGUCCGGGGAUUAGCAGUAUCUCCACGACAUCCGUACUUGUUUUCAUGCGGUGAAGAUAAAAUGGUCAAGUGUUGGGAUUUGGAACAGAACAAGGUUAUUCGUCAAUACCACGGACAUCUUUCAGGCGUGUAUUCCUUGAGUUUGCAUCCCACACUUGAUGUUUUGGUGACAAGUGGUCGUGAUGCUACAGCAAGAGUAUGGGAUAUGCGAACAAAGCAAAAUGUACACGUAUUGACUGGUCACACAAGCACGGUUUCUGAUGUCAAAUGUCAAGAAGCAGAUCCACAAGUGAUUACAGGUUCAAUGGACAGCACGAUCCGAUUAUGGGAUUUGGCAGCAGGAAAAACGAUGGGCGUUUUGACACAUCACAAGAAGAGUGUGCGAGCACUUGCUGUUCAUCCAACAGAGUUCGGUUUUGCCAGUGGCAGUGCAGAUAAUAUUAAGGGCUGGAAGUGUCCGGAGGGUACAUUUAUUCAGAACUACGAGGGCCGCAAGUCCAUCAUCAACACAUUGUCUAUUAAUCAGGAUGGUGUAAUUUUCUCUGGUGGCGACAAUGGUUCCAUGGGCUUCCAUGAUUGGCGAUCUGGAUAUCAGUUCCAAUCCAUGGACACGACUGUACAGCCAGGUUCGCUCGAUGCAGAAGCUGGUAUUUUCGCCAGUACAUUUGAUCGAACAGGCUUGCGCUUGAUUACGGGUGAAGCAGACAAGACUAUCAAGAUUUACAAAGAGGAUGAUAGUGCUGUUAAGGAUGAAGAUUUUUACCAGUAAUAAAAGCUGGUUGACUUUUUUUGUUUUUCGCAAAAUUGCAAUGUACACUAUUUUAUUUACAGACUGCUAUUGUCAUGUUUCGGAGGGCUCAAUAUGCUCGGUUGGCCUGGUAACCAUUUUUGCAGUACUUGAGGAACUUUGACAGAUCCAUCGAGUUGCUGGAAUGUCUCGAGUAUUGCAAUGAUCACACGUGGGACGGCUAUGGCGGUGCCAUUGAUGGUAUGACAGAACAGUGUAUUUUUGUCAGUUUUAUGUGUUGGUCGGUAUCUGAUUGAUAGUCGUCGUGCCUGGUAAUCUGUGCAGUUGGAAGUGGAUGAUAUCUGUAGAU